AAUACGAACGCACCCCGACAUAAACCCCAUCACAACCGGCACAGAGAAGGGGCUGUUUUUGGGGCUCACGACGGCUCGCAUGGCUCGUAUGGAUCGCAUGACGCACUCCCGCCGGGAGAUCCGCUUCGGCCACAACACACCUACUUUAGAAAUGAGGGCAAAGCGCCCACUGUUGUGGUCGACCCAAAUUGGGCCAAACAACUCAUGUAUCCCUACGAACAAGAAGAUUACUUAACAUCGAUUAACUCGAUGAAACAGAUGCACGACCAGCCCCUGCCCUUCCGGUUACCAUUUUCCGGAUUUGCCUUUAACUACGUUUGGGUGCAUAAAGACGGUUACGUGACGUUCAAUAAGGGCCUAAAGAGUUACGCGUUUCCCCUAUCGUUCCCAAUGGUUCCCGACGACACCAAUGUAGAGGAGGACCCGUCCAUAAUAGCAGCCUUUUUCGCCCACCAGGACAUACCGUCUGACGUGGAGGGCUCGGGGGUGUACUUCCGGCUGAUCGAAGUGGACAAAGAGGUCAAUUUGACUCUUAAACAACGUCUACUCGACGACUUUAGCACAGCUAUGGCCGCCUCCAUUGGUUGGGAGCCCAAGUUUGCAUUUAUUGUAACAUGGAAGAAUAUGACAUUUGCCAAUCGACGCAGGGAACGCGACCUCAAGACAAAUACAUAUCAAAUGAUUUUAGCGACGGAUGAGAUGCAGACAUUUGUGAUGUUUAAUUACGAGCAGAUCUCAUGGGUCACACAUCUCGAUAACUAUGCCGGCCUUAACGGACCGCAAGCCUUUGCAUACGAGUAUUCGCCCUUCUCGCAAAACCCUCGGGUUAUACUACUGCCCAAAAUGGGUUGGGGUAAUGGUAUUGAGGGUAGAUUUUAUUUUACCAUAGACGAAGAGCUUGAACCAGGUGCUUGCGUUAAUAAGGAGCUUGAUCCUAAUUUGCCCGAUAGAAUGCCGCUGCACACGUCGACCGAUUAUAUAAUCAUGUUAGGCGGUCAAGAGCUCAACUUUACCGGUCCGUGUCUGACAGAGGACUCGAACAUAAUCUGUCGGUUCGAUGUGUUGAAAGUAAAGGGCCGUAUGUUGACCAACAAUAUUGGCGCCUGUAUUACACCCGCCGUCAUGUAUGAGGAAUCGCCCGAAAGUCGCAAAGAAUUUGACGUUUGGGUGAAAGAACAGGAAGUGGUGGAGAAUCUGCCGGUCGAGCGCCGGCCCGAAGAUCCACACCUUUUAACCAUAGAGUGGCAAAGCGAUGACUUGACGUGGGAUGACAGCGCCCGGGUCUCCAUAUCCCUCUGGGGCUAUAGCGAGAAAACCGAUGUCUACCCUCACCUCACAUUCCUCAUU